CUCUGACACGGGUCCUUCAAUAAGAUCCACAAUGAACGGCGCCCUGAUCUGCAUGGCACUUUUUCUGCCUUACAGCUUGGCUGUCCCAAUAGCUCACGACCCUGAAGCACAGAGCGUUGAGGAUAUGAAGUUUGUAGAGGCUUAUCUCGAUAAGUACUUCCCAUCAUCAUCAUCACACCUUAAAAGUGGCGGUCAAAGCAUAGAGGAGAAGCUCAGACAAAUGCAGAGUUUCUUUCAUUUGACGGUCACUGGGAAAAUGAACCAAGAAACGAUGGCGACAAUGGAGCAGCCUCGGUGUGGAGUCUCAGAUAUCUCAGAAAAAUCUGCAGUAAGAUGGGGAAAGACAUUGCUGACGUACAGGAUUAAUAACUACACCCCAGAUAUGCCGAAGUCCAAGGUGGAAGAGGCAAUAGCAAAGGCAUUCAAGGUGUGGAGCGAUGUGACCCCAUUGCAGUUCAGGAGAACUUCCAGACCUGCUGAUAUUGAAAUCUGGUUUGCGACUGGUGCCCAUGGCGACGGUUCUCCUUUUGAUGGAAGAGGAGGGACGUUGGCUCAUGCCUAUUUUCCUGGACGAGGCAUAGGGGGAGAUGCUCAUUUUGAUGACAGCGAGCGCUUUUCGGAAUUCAACAGAGAAAUCAACCUAUUCCUUGUUGCUGCACAUGAAUUUGGCCAUUCCUUGGGACUGAGCCAUUCGAAUGUCCGUGGUUCUUUGAUGUUCCCUUCCUAUUCCUUUGUGAACCCAAAUAACUUCAACCUCCCAAACAACGACAGGCAAAGGAUUCAGAGAUUAUACGGACUGCCAAAGUGAAACCCUCAAAGCAUCACGGAUAAAAUUCAUCUUGUAUCUUUAAACAUCUUUGGCAACCCUAAGAAGAAGUAGCACUAGGGCCAACUUAGAGACAUUUAUGUUUACGAUAUAUUCACAUAUAGGGGAAUUUCUUCACUCUAGUCUCUAUUCCCCUUUUCCAAGGCUUCCCUUUACAAGGGAGAAAAAGUCCUAAAAUCUGCAAUACUUAACUGGGUGAUGAAACUUUGAACUUUCAUUUUCUGUCUGGUUAUUUAUCUAUGUAUUCGCUUGCAAAGGAAGACUCCGGGUUAUGCCUGCUUGUCCUGAUAUCAUUGUGUUAGCUUUUGCAAAGAAAACAUUGUGCUGUGUGUCUCAGGCCUGAUCAACUUUGACACACACAGCAAGGCUGUUUUUUUUAAAGUUCUCUGUUCAGUUCCACCCACAAACUGGGUUGUAACGGAUGAACCAAUUACGUGUUUCAACACCAUGAACUAUUUCCACCUUGUUUAGUUCACAUUUGUUUUAGGGCAGGAA